AUGCCAAAAGCUUUCAACAAAAAAAACUCACAGAAGUAUGCUGUGGUUCAUAGACCACAUGAUGAUCCAGAAUAUCAUAACACCGAUGUUUCUGAACAUGUUUUAGUCUCCUUAGACAAUCCAAAUGAACGUCAUGGUAAAAAUAAUGCUAAUUUAAAAGCCAAUCUAAGAAAUGCUCUUCCCAAGAAAGAAAUUACUAAUUCUCAUGUUGGUGAAGCUGCAAUAUACGGUAUUGAAUUUGAUGAUUCCAAUUAUGAUUAUACACAACAUUUAAAACCAAUUGGGUUAGAUCCUGAUAAUUCUAUCUUCAUUCCAUCUACAGAUGAUGAUAAAAAAAAACGUCUACCUAAGAAAAAAAUUGAAGAUCUUUUCGUGGAACCAAAUUAUAGAGAAGACAAUUUAUCUCAACCUUUACCAGUUUUCCAAAGAGGUAUGGCAAAAACUGAAUAUUUAUCUCAACAACAAAAUGUUGCUGAUGAGUUAACUGGGUUUCAGCCAGAUAUGAAUCCAGCUCUAAGAGAAGUUUUAGAAGCUUUAGAAGAUGAAGCAUAUGUUGUGAAUGAGGAUGUUGAAGUUAAGCAUGCACCAAAAAAGAAAAGUAAAGCUAGUUCGAAAGAUGGAGAAAGUGAACUUAUCAUUGAUGAUAGUGAAGAUGAUAUUUUUGUGGAAUUAUUAAAUGGUGGUGAAGCUGAUGAUGAUGAUUUCCAAGAAGAAUAUGAUGAAUGGGAUAUAGACAAUUUAGGUAAUUAUGAAGAUGAUCAUUAUGCCAAUGAAAUGGCUCAAUUUGAUAACUUAGAGAAAUUGGAAGAUUUACAAGAUAUUGAUUAUCAAGCAGAUGUUCGAAGAUUUCAAAAGGAACAAAAGCAUAGUAAGCGUAAUAAAGAACUUGAAGAUGAUAAUGAAAGUAUUAAUCCUCCAUCUGACGGCGCCUUCAGUGAUGAGAGAGAAGCUGAAGCUGAAGAUAUGUUGGGAGAUCUUCCAACCUUUGGUUCUAACGCUAAAACUGGUGCUAAAAAAAGAAAGGAGCGUCGUAAGAAAGGUGCUUUGUCCGAUGUAUCAGGUUUUUCGAUGAGUUCCAGUGCCAUUUCUCGUUCAGAAACUAUGACUGUAUUAGAUGACCGUUACGAUUCUGUUAUCGAUGGUUAUGAUAACUAUGAAGAAGAGCAAGCCAUUGAUGAAGAAGAAAGUUUCCAACCAUUUGAUAUGUCGACCGAAAGAGCUGAUUUUGAAUCCAUGUUAGAUGAUUUCUUAGACAAUUAUGAAUUACAAAGUGGUGGUCGUGUAUUAGCUAAAAAAGACCCAGAAAUUCAAAAACUAAAAGAAGCUGCCGAUAGUGUAAGUAAAGGUAAACUAUCCAUGAGAAGAAAAAAAGAAGCUGCUAACAAGAAAAAUGGUGUUAAUGGAAUCACCAACAGUCUAAGCAGCUUACGUUUCUAA